UUCUUUGAAGUUUAAGUACUCUUUAUAUACUCUUUCAAUCUUGUUACGGCGAAACCCUUCCACACCAGAACCUUCAAAGACGUAUCCCAAAAAACCAGCUUCAAAAACGCAAUCAUGACUCUCCCAAUCCUCUCAUCCAAUCAUCUUCACUCCUUCAUCUCGGCGGCCACCACUACAACAAUCCUCUUAUUCCUUCUCUCCGCUGUCGGGAUCUCAACUUCACUUGCCGGAAACAACCAUGUAAUCACAUUCCGGUCACCCAACCUCUUUCCCGAAGGCCUCGCCUGGGAUUCCAAGGGACAGCACUUUCUCGUCGGCUCCCUACGCCAUCGCACCAUCUCCGCCGUCUCCGACGCCGGCGUAGUGGAAACUCUAAUCUCCGAUCCUUCUCUCCCAGAAAACGUCACUGUUUUGGGGCUCUCUGUCGAUUCACGCAACAACCGCGUCCUCGCCGUACUCCACGCGCUCAAACCCCUCCCUCCCUUCAACGCCCUCGCUGCCUACGACCUCAGCUCCGGCCAACGCCUAUUCCUUUCCCACCUUUCCUCCGCCGGCAACGGCGAAUCCGAUGGCUCCGACGAAGCCAUCGCAAACGACGUCACGGUGGACUUCAAGGGAAACGCUUACGUCACUAACUCCGCAGGAAACUUCAUCUGGAAAGUCAACGACAAAGGGGAAGCUUCGAUCUUAUCUAACUCCCGCAGGUUCACGGAACACCCCGUGGACCGCGAAGCAUGGUAUAGUUUCUGCGGCCUCAAUGGCAUCGCUUACGUCAGCAACGGUUACUUAUUGGUGGUGCAAUCGAAUACGGGGAAGAUGUUCAAGGUGGAUGCUGAAGACGGCACCGCAAGGCUCGUGCUGCUGAACGACGAUCUGAUUGGCGCUGACGCUGUCGCUUUGAGGAGCGACGGUGUCGUUUUGGUUGUGUCACCUGUGGCUGGGAAGCUGUGGUUUCUAAAGAGCAACGAUGGGUGGGGUGAGGCUGUGGUGUUUGACCAAAUUGACCUUGACUUGGAAGGGUACCCUACUUCGGUGGUAGUUGGAGAGGGUGAUAGGGCGUAUGUGUUGUACGGGCGUAUGAAGGAGGGUGUUUUGGGGAAUUCGGAGAGGGAGAGUUUUGCCAUUGAGGAAGUGAGGUCGCCUAAAGAAAGCGAGGGUGAGAAUGUUUGGUUGUAUGUGAUGGUGGGAGUGGGGUUGGUUUUUUUCUGGGGUUGGAGGUUUCAGAUGAGGCAGCUUGUCAACAACAUGGAUAAGAAGAUCAACUGAAUCACUUCGGUCUCUCCUCUUGUAAACCCAACUUCUUGUACUUAAAUUAUGUUUUUUUUUUUUUUUUCGCUUAAUAAAAGGUUUUUUUUUUCGGUUAUUAUUAGAAAAGAUUGCACAUUUUA